AUGUCGUCGCAUGGUGCUCUCCUGAGCCCCGGUGACGCGUUGCCUCUCAGACCUCAAGCCAAAGGACUCCGCCGCCGCAAGACCAAACACGCUUUCCAAGCCAAAACUUCAACCAAACAGCUAGAGACAGCCAAAGACGACACCGAGUAUGGCGUCGCCCUGCAGACCCUUUUCAUAGGCAUCGCAGCAAUCGACGGAGUAGGCGGAACCGUCGACGCUGGAUUCGCAUCCCAUGAUGGCACAUACAGCAUCGAUUUUGCGGUUGUAACACUGGGUGGAAAAGGAGCCGUCAGCGGUACUGACAGUGGAGCGGAAACACCCGGACGUUCAGGCACAGACUCUCCCUCCGGCGUACUUACACCAUCCGGAUUGCGGACGCCUCUCCUUCCCGAGGAACGCGCAGGAGUUCUUGCCGAUUACUUUGUCGAAAAGAUUCGGCAAUACCAGCAGGACCAUCUAUACAAGUUUGUGGGAGCUGGAUUGACCAAGAAGGUCGUUCAAAUGAGUCCGAACCUGCCAGCACGCCUCUGGUGGGAACUGGAUAUCGUUCCACUUAUAUUCGAGACUGGACUUGAGGAACCUUUCCCCAAAGCGGGCCGACGCGGUAUAGCAGUGGACGAAGAGGCAGACUCAAUGGCUAGAAAGUGCCUUAUGUUCUUUGGACCGAGCCAACAGCCUCGCGUGCAGGUAGGCUACCGCAACGAAGUCGAGGUGGAUUCCGGAGGACAUGCGCAGAUCACCUGUCUCGAUCAGUACCCCGAAACAGUUGGCGACGCAACUUGGAAAGCGACCAUGAAAUACGUCAAGUCUUUGAAGGACAACAACGUGAGGAUUGCGUUUUUCAACAGCACGCCUCAAGGUGGUGGAGUCGCCUUGAUGAGGCACGCUCUCAUUAGACUUCUCCGUCUCGUGGGCGUCGACGCAGCUUGGUACGUGCCAAAGCCGAAGCCCGAGGUCUUCCGAAUCACCAAGAACAAUCACAACAUCCUUCAAGGCGUUGCAGAUCCUAACCUGCGGUUAACCGGGUAUCAAAAGAAAGUACUCGAUGACUGGUGCUUGCAAAAUGCGGAGAGAUUCUGGAUCUCAGAGGGGGGUGCGCUGGCUCCUCGAUCCGAAGGAGGUGCAGACGUAAUCAUUGUGGAUGACCCUCAAUUGCCAAGCUUGGUCCAGAUCGCGAAGAAACUCGACCCAACUCGACCUGUCAUUUUCCGAUCGCAUAUUCAAGUCCGUGCCGAUCUGGCAGACCAGCCCGGCACUCCCACGGCGGAAGUCUGGAAUUGGGUAUGGAACAACGUCAAAGACGCCGAUGUCUUCGUCAGCCACCCGGUCCGAGAGUUCGUUCCCAGUGUCGUCAACUUCGACAAGGUCGGCUACAUGCCUGCCACCACAGACUGGCUCGAUGGCCUGAACAAAGAGAUGAGCGAUUGGGACACCUCAUAUUACCUCCACGAAUUCAACUCCGAGUGCUUCCGCCAACGAAUGGACCGGCUCGAGUUCCCCGCUCGCGACUACAUCGUCCAGGUCGCCCGCUUCGAUCCAGCCAAAGGCAUCCCCGACGUCCUCGAGUCGUACGCCAAACUUCGCCGUGAAUACAUGGCCGAAAUGGACAAGAAGGACAUCCCCCAGCUCGUCAUCGCCGGCCACGGCGCCAUCGACGACCCCGACGCCACCCUGAUCUUCGACCAAACCCUCGACCUCCUCGAGAACAAGUACCCGGACAUCCGCCACGACGUCGUCGUCAUGCGCCUCGGCCCCACGGACCAAACCCUCAACGCCCUCAUGUCCAACGCCAAGGUCGCGCUACAGCUCUCCACGCGCGAAGGCUUCGAGGUCAAGGUCUCCGAGGCGCUGCACAAGGGCAUCCCCGUCAUCGCGACCCGCGCCGGCGGCAUCCCGCUCCAAGUGGAGCACGAGAAGAGCGGGUACCUCGUCGCGCCCGGCGAUAGCGAUGCCGUCGCGAAGCAUCUCUAUCAUCUGUUCACGGACGUCCCCGCGUAUGAUGAUAUGAGCGAGUACGCGGCGAUGCAUGUCAGCGAUGAGGUCAGCACGGUGGGCAAUGCGCUUGCGUGGCUGUAUUUGGCGGAUACGCUGGCGAAGGGGGAGAAGAUUGAGCCGAAGAGCGCGUGGAUCAAUGAUUUGGCGAGGGAGAAGGCGGAGUUGCCGUAUCAGGAGGGGGAGAGUAGGCUGCCGAGGGCGGAGGGGCUGAACCUAGACACGCCGGUUGUGGCGAAGGAUCCGGAAGCUUAG